UCGGCCAGUGAGCAGUUGGCAACGUGGCUGGCAGUGCAAGAGCAAAGUGAGAAGUAGAAGGAGUGAGGGAAAACGGACGGAGUGUGUGGAUUUUCCGUGGAAAAGAGAACGGGACAGUGCAUUUGCUUUGUACGCGAGGAGGAAAGAGUGUGUAAUUCAUAACGAUUCGAAAGUUGAACGCGCUCGCCACCCGGACUACGCCGCCACCCCGCAAGCAGACGGCGGAGAGGAUACCGUGCUCAUUUUCCUUCAUUACAAACGAGGUUAACACACGGUUGCAAAAUCGAAAGCUUUAACAGCAGAGCCCGCCAGCAACGCGCAGUUUUUGUGUGGCCUGUAUAAUCGAUGCGAGCAGCGAAAAGCCAACCAUCUUGCAAGCAGCAAUCGCCUUUAGUUUGCCCUUCGGAAGCCAAAAGCAGCAAUUCAGCAGCAGCCAGACGGUUAAUGUACAAACAUCGACCAGCCUCAUCUGUCUGCGGAAGCGAUUUGUUUCAUACAUGGAGCUAAUAACACGCCAGCUGCAAUAGGUACUCUUCCGCCAUUCACAGCGAGCGAAUUUCGGCUGUUUCCGUUCUGCAUUUCUUUUCGCAUCGCGCACCUUCGAUAUAUGUGAUCCCGAAAGCAAAGCUAUUACCUAGUUCCAACCAACAUCUUGUGAUUCUCUCUCUGUGAGUAAAACGAUUAAGUUCAAAAUUGCCACGAGCUGCUGUACCAGAGCGAAGCAAGCUGCUGUUAGCAACCAGAUACGGAAAGAAGUUCCCCGGACCCAAGCAACCCGCUCUGUCGUAGCUCUACCACCACCUACUUCGUGCACCCGAUUUUUUCAACGUAAUUCCGCUGCGGAGCUAUUAUUACCCCCUUUGUGUGUCCCGUGUGUUGUGCCGUAAGAGCCAGUAAAAACGCGUUUCCGUGAAUUUAAUUUCGCUGUUCGCAAUCCUGCCUCUCAAAGAGUGUGCGUCGUCAUCAUCGUCGUCGUUCGUGUCCCGUUUCGUGGCAAAGUACAAAGAAGCAAAAAUAAUAAGUACCCCCACCCCACCACCAUCUCGACAUCUUGCGCCAUUAUCGUGCAUAUACCGUGUAUGUGAUUUUAUUUUCGCGAAAGUGCCGUCGCGCUUGCAGCAGCAGCAGAACCAGAAGAUCUCCCCGUCGUUUCUUUCGCAGCGAGUAGUGUGUGCUGUUUUCCGCAAAUUCAGCAAAGUGGCCUCGUUCCACUUGCAGCCAACAUCAGCAUCAGUUAGUCAUCAGUAGCCCCGUGAUAUAAACCACCCGCAUAUAUUCGCUGCAAUUUUAUUAGUUCCUCACACUCUACAAUCUGCACAAGUUGUCGACGUGUUUUCAAGCCAAAAAAGUAAUAGCGAAAAAGCACCAUACGGGCCACCAUCUUGAAGCGAGCACAAAGCUGCUGAGUCGAACGCGAUAGUGUGUAUGUGCGGUGUGUGCGUACGAACGACCUCUAUCGGGGAGAGUUUGUGUUAACCAUUGUGUGUGCGUCCGUCGCGGGCAGUGUAUGCGUGUCGGUCUCGGUUCCCGUUCGUCACGGUGUGUAAGUGUGUGUGUGCGUGCGUGUGCUGUGUGUGCUUUGCGUACGCAUCGCCUUUGAGAAGGGACUACUGCGUUUCGGUCGAGCAUAGGACGUCGUUUGUCCUUCGCGGAGCUCGCUGCUUAUUAGUCGCAAAAGCAGAGGAAGAAGAAACAGCGAAAAACACCUGCUGUGUGCGUUAGCUUUCUGUUAAUUUCGCGAUAUUCCACCUUCGGCGUAUAAUUGGCGUUUUUUUUUUGUACAAGCAGGAAGUAGUGCGCGUUCUCUCAGUUUCACACGGAACUUGAUUGCCUUUUCCCGUUUCGAACACGUCGCGUCAUCAUCGCAUUGUGUGUGCAAGAAGAAGCAGAGUGCUUUGAAUGUUGGCACGACGACGGUUGGCAAACACCACGGAACUUACAAACAAUCGGCAGCACUCGCGUCACAACGACAACCUUCCGACGAAGAACCCGCUCCAACCCUUCGAGGCCAGUAGAGACAUUGUACGGCGUUCCAAGACCACCGUCGCCGCCCGACCAUGAGAAUAGAGGUUAAUUCGGCCGCGGACUUUCUCAUGAACCUGCUGCGGGUGCGCAAGGCGAAUCAGCUUUCCGAGAGCCAGCUGCAGCACUUCAAGGGUUCGUUGGAGCAGAUCCUGACGCGCCACUUCCAGCGCCAUUGGUACCCGGAUGUGCCGAACAAGGGCUCGGCGUACCGCUGCCUGCGCAUCAAUGGCAAGAUGGACCCGAUCAUCGAGAAGGCGGGCCACGCCGUCGGCCUGAACACGGUCAUCCUGCGCAAGCUGCUCCCGCUCGAGCUGACGAUCUGGAUCGACCCGGACGAGGUGUCGUACCGGAUCGGGGAGAACGGUACCAUCUGCGUGCUGUACGAUACGGCGCAGAGCCGUGCCAGCCCGUCGUCGGAUCUGGACUCGACCGGCAGCAGCGCCUGCGACGAGUUCAUAAUGGACAGGGUCGGCCGGCUCGACCUGUCCGUGUCGUCGGUGGACAGCGGAAACGGCGGCAGUGCCAACGGUGGGGUCGUCCUGAUGGCCGACUACAUGGAGCACAAUAGCACCGGCUCCGGAAAGGCCCACGGGCAGCAGCAGCAGCAGCAGCACCAUAACAACAAGUACAAUCACAACCAAUCAUCGAACAACAACCACCACAACAACCAUCAUCAUUAUGCGAAGCAGCGUCACAGCAACAGCAUGAGCUCGUCCUCGAGCGGACAAACUAGUCCCCCGCUGAGCCCUCCGUACGGUUCCGCCGCCGCCGCUGGUUACCUGAACCACCAGCAGCAAACUCUCGCCAGAUACCACAACCAGCAGCAGCAUCAGCAGCACCAGCAGCAGCAGCAUGGCAACAACUUCUACGCUUCGGCUGCCGUCCACCAGCCCCAGCAGUACUUCCCCUGGGACAACCAGUUCGUCAACAACAAAGUACGCACUCAAUGCUAAGCAGCUACUUCUAGCGAUGGAGCGCAACGCAUGCAGAUAGACGAGACGAAUAGAGAGAGAGCAAGAAGAAUCGAGUGCCCCCGAAACAAAGUAGUGUACUAUCGCCCUUUUAACGUACUACGAUCACUUUGUGUUACCACCGGCAGCAUGAGAAGAACAAGUUCCGGCCAUCAUCAUCACCAUAUCUCCACGCCCUCGCCGAAGAACAAAAAUCGAAUCUAACCAACCCCCAUUCCGAUCGGCGCGGGUUUCAAAAGAAAAAUGUGCUUGUUUCCUGUGUUUUGUGCGGCGCAUCGCUAUCGAGCCGCCAGCAAAAACUACAUCCACUCCGAAGUGCUCUCGACCUCACGCACAAUUCCGCGAACUAGUCAAAUAUUAUCUGACCAUAUAGUGACGUCGAUCAACAAACGCACGCACAUAAAACACACACGCAACAGCAGCCAUCAGUGCGGAAAUUGGUGAUUUUCGCUGUAGAGAAAAAUCAAAAGUAGUUGCCAAAUCCAAUUCUAACGAGAAGAAGAGAACGGGAAUAUGAGGAGAGGGAGGGAAAGCGCGCUGCUCUGUGAGAUGGCCGCUGCUUUUAAUUUUCAUCAAUCCAUUCGCAUCCGGGAAAUGCGAAUCGUCGUCGACUGAUAAGCAACAAAGGAAGAAAAGGUCCUUGUGCGUACGUGUGUGCAAUGUGGGUGCGUGUGUGUGUGUAUGUGUAAAAUCCAGCGUGAAAGCAGGCAGAAAAGAGGGGAAAGCCGAAGAAGGAAAGCAGUGGAAACGGAAAAGCAGUUCCUACAAUUUUUUUUUGAAGUCACAUACAACCAACCGUCGAUUGUGAAUGAUGAUGAUGAUGAAAACACCCUGGGGGGAAAAGGGUGAAAACGUGUGGAGUGUGGGGCGAUGUGUGAUGAUGUUGCGGGGAUGUUGCGGUGGUAACAUCAAAUCGAAUAUGACAUACACAACAGCAACACACAACAACAGUGCAAACCUAGGCUAUGUAGCAGCAAGCAGCAUCAAUUUUCAAUCCCCCUACCCCCCCAAAAACCACCACCCCCAACCUACUGUCGGAGGAUGGAAGCUGAUGGUGCUGCUGGAGAAGACGGAUGGGGAAGAAGGAGGAGAGAAGUCGACUGGUGCAGGAGCCCGGAGGCGGCAGCAGGGAAAGAAUGAUCUUCAAACAACAAACAAACAAACAAACAAACAAACGCCGCUUGUGAUGACGAUGUUGAGAACCUGGACGACGAGAGAGGGAGGAGGAGAGAUGGUGAGAGCGUAAGAGGAGAGGGGUUAGAGGAAGGAAGGAUGCCCUACAGUAGUGGCGCGAAGCAUUUCAAUUGUGAUCAAUAUUAAUUUCAACACAAAAACGUCUUAUACCAGUAGUAAAGAUACAAAAAAUGAGUUAAAAAAGUCAAACAAAUUAUUGCAGUAACUCUGCAAUAUUGCAAUGCAGAAGAAGAAGAAGCAGAAGCAGCGAUACGACGAAGGAUAUGAGAUGUAUGACUAAUAAUGUAGAAAAACAAACAAGCAAACAAAGGAAACGCAAACAAACAACACCACAAAUGCGUUUUAUGUGAUUCGCUCGGGAUGACAUUGAAAGUUUAGGAAAGUAAGCAUCGCGGUAAGGAAAAGUCAAAAAACACUAGUGAGAGGAAACAAAAAAAGGGGGGAAACGUCGGUACACUAGAAGUACAUGCAACACAUUCAGCUCAUUUAUCGCGACACGAUAGUGCAAAAAGGAGGGAAAGAGUAAAGGAGAUCAAGUAAUAUUGUGUAAAACUACUGAUACUACUUUUUUUAGAUACUUUAUUUUCUACGAUAUUUUUUUUAACACGCUGCUACACACAUCCAAGCAACAGACGCAAAGUGCAUCCAUACUGAGGAGGAUGGAAGGAAUGAAGAGGAGGAGGAGAAGGAGGAGGAAAGGGAAAGCGCCGCUUGCUUGCUAAAGCAUGGAAAACUCAUCCCAAAAACGUGAUACGCGCGCACACACUUGUGCGUGUGUGUGUGUAUUUGUGGUUGGGAGAUUGGGAAACAUAGGGAAAGCAAGCUGCAAUUACUCUACUAUAUAUACACUAUACAAAACAACAAAGGAUGAUAGGGGUUAGUGUUUUGUGGAAGCAAAUGAUGCCAGAUUUCUGUUCUGUAUUUCUUUUAUUGUUUUGUUUCUCGCCCGCUUGUGCGUGUGCAUAAUGCCCCAACAAACGUUAGAAAUAACAUCCAUUAGCGCGCAGCAUCCACUGUGCGAAUCGUUUUCCACCACAAUGUUCAAACAAAGCGGAGAAAAUCUUGCAAAACGCAGCAGCAGCAGUCGCAGGGUGAAAGAAGUACGGAUUAGUUGCAUAUAGUGAUAUACAUCGCCAGCAGAUCGCGAUCAAGAAGAAGAUCCAGCAGUGGAGGGCGAAUGAGAGAAAGAGAGAGAGUAUGUGUGUGUGUGAAUGUGACGCGUGAUGAGAUGCUAGUGAGUAAGAGCGCGAGUGAAUCCAGGUUAAUUUUUAGGUUUUUCUUUCUUUUUUCUUUCCCCUCAUUAUGGUUU